GGGAUAGGGGUUAAUGGUGGUUGAGUAGAUGGAGACAGAAGCACUCCUUCAGGAUAUUGAUGUGGUGGAGGAUUAUGAGGAAGAGACUGAGCUCAAGGAUUUUAAAUGUGAGCUGUUGGAUCAAUAUGGAGUAUACCAGAAGAGAUCUUGUGUAAUUACUACACAGUUUAUUGAGUUUUACAAGAGCGAUAAUAGUUCCACUCCGUGUUUUUAUAAUGAGAUUUAUAAUAUACAGGCGAUUUAUAUUAACAGGAAUCGAGAUCACCUAGUUCUUAAAAGAUCCGUCCCAAAUAUUGUACUGAGAUGUAGAAAUAAGCCAGCAAGAGUGGUGAACGCACUUAGAUGUAUUUAUUCAGUUCUGUAUGAGUCAGAGAUACCAGUGUAUGAGGUGAAAGAGAAAGACCUGGAUAUCUAUCUCGAUGAUCCCGAGCUUCCUCCAGAUCGGUACCUAGUCCCUGAAGAUACAGAUGAGUAUGGAAGGGUAAUGACUACAAGAGAACUUAUGGAAGAAGAUCAUCAGGAUGGAAUGGCAGCUAAGGUUUACUCCUCAAGCAAAAAGACUAAGAUCAGCCAGAUCGAGAAAAAGCCAGAAAGUAAACGUGCUCAAGAGGAAUUCAAAAAUAUGCUUCUAGAGGAAAGUGAUUCUGAAGAGGAAGCUAAAUUUGGUCAGGAUAAUCAUGAAAGUAGAGUACAGUCUUUUAAUGAAGAUGUUGAUUAUGAUUCUGAUGAAGAUAGAGCAAAUCUGAUGGAAACACACUGUAAACUUACGGGAAGCCAGCUCAAAUAAGUUCAGUUGCAUCGCUAGGCUUGGAAAAGGAGGCUAUGCAAGAGUAAUCCUAUGCAGAGAUGAUGAUGGAAAUCUUUUUGCAAUGAAAAGGAUCAGGAAAGAUGUAAUCCUAAAGCAGAAUUUAGAGGAAAAUCUCGCAGUUGAAAUGAGGAUUCUCUCAGAAAAUCAGCAUCCUUUCUUGCUAUGUCUGAAGCAUUGGUUCGAGUCUGAUCUAAGAUAUUACUUCUUUUUGGAAUUCAUGGCAGGUAAAGAUCUUAAAUACCAAAUGGACAAGAGAAGCCAAGGAUAUAAGUUAUCAGAAGUCAGAUUUAUUGGAGCUCAGUUGAUAUUAGCUAUUGAGCAUCUUCAUUCUCAGGGAUACAUUCACAGAGACUUAAAACCUGAAAAUGUUCUUAUGUCAGAAGAAGGAUAUGUCAAACUAGCAGAUUUUGGAAUUUCAGAAAAGGCAAAAGAUCCUGAGACGAAGUCGAACACAGGAAGUGUGCCAUGGAUGUCACCGGAAUUUAUUCUCAACACGAUGUACGGUGAAGAUUACGAAAUAGGAGCAGAAGUAGACUGGUGGGCUUUUGGAUUAAUAUUGUUUGAACUCCACUUCAAAUCAUUCCCAUUCUUAGCCAGCUCUGUUAAGGAUGUUGCAGAUAUGAUAGUUGACUGCAAUGUUGAAAUCCCAGAUUACUGGGAGAAAGGAAGAGAUACAGAUUUCAAGAAUUUCAAGAAAUUGCUUAAGAAACUAUUGAGGAAGGAUCCUGAUAAAAGGUUGACAGACAGCGAAGACAUUAAGAGACAACCUUUCUUUUCAAAUGUAGAUUUUGACAAGAUUUACGGAUUGUAUUAUGCCCCUACAUAUGAACCAUAUAUCGAUCCAAAGCUAGCAAAACUUGUUCAACGUAAUGGAUGUCCUGUAGGAAGAACAAGAGGGAUAAAUGACAAGCAUGGAAGACUUCUUGAAACAGAUCUACCAACAGAAAUAGUUAAUUUUGUCAGGAAAGGGCAACCUAGAUUUGAUAGAGCUCACAGAAGGGUAUAAUAGAUUUCAAUUGCAUCGUACAAAAUA